GGUAUUAUUUCAACCGUGAACAUUUGCAAUUACAUUUAUUUAAAAAAACACAAAAAUAAUCCUCCCAAAACCCGCCUUUUCUUCAUUUUUUAUCAGUUUAUCACGCACAAAAAGAUAAGCGAUCCCAGUUGGCACAAUUGACAGUUGUGCCCACUUUUGACAGAAAUCAAAUCGUGUCCAAGUCUCACCAAUUUCCCAAAAUUUCCAAAAACAAACCCACGAUGAAAGUCGUCAAAGACAACGAAAACAAAUGGUCAGGAUACGGACUUCGCAUUUUCCUCAACACCUUAUCGCACCCAUUCGAAUACGCCAAAGUGCUCAUACAGAUCGGAUACGAACCCAUACCGCCUCACUCGUCCAAAACCCUGCUCGGUAAACCAGCCCUCAAACUGCCAAACAUCUUCCAAUACGUCAAACACAUCAAGUCGGUCGAUGGUUUGUCGGGUUGUUAUCGCGGCUUGGGCCCCAAAGUAUGCGGCAGUUUGAUAAAUCUUGUCGCUACACAAAAAAUGAUGGAAUAUUUGGACUUGAACCAGCAGGACGAAGAAGAGGAUACAGAUGUUGAGGAAAAUCGAAAACAGAAAUUUUUGAAGUGUCUCAAGGGCGAUAUCAUUACACAUACAACAGCCAUAAUCAUCAGUCAGCCGUUUCACGUCAUCACUAUACGAAUUAUGGCACAAUUUGUUGGAAAAGAAGCCAAAUAUGUGGGUGUGUUUGGUUCCAUUGGUGAAAUAUACAGACAGAAUGGAAUUUUGGGUUUUUUCAGCGGACUCAUACCCAGACUGAUUGGGGAUAUUUUGUCCGUUUUGUUGGCAAGCAGUCUGACUUAUGUUGUCAAUAAGUAUCUAAUAGAAGAGAAGGAAAUACAAAAUUAUACUUCAGCCGCUGUGUGUUAUUUGUUGUUCAAGAAUCACAUUUCGCAGAUGGUGUCCUCAUCAAUAAUGUACCCCUUCCAAGUGGUGUCAAAUUGCAUGGCUGUCUCGAAUUCGGGUUUGUUGGCUGGAUCGCCCCCUUAUAUGUUGCACUACAACACUUGGAUUGAUUGUUGGAAUGAUUUGUCGAGUCGUAAUCAAUUGAAAAGAGGGUCUAGUCUUUUGGUUCGUUAUUACAAGGGUCCUUCGUUGAUAACAAGUAAAGGCAAUCUACUCAAGGGCAACUAAAUUUCAUGUUAUUCAGUAGUUGGAUUUUUUUUCAUUACAAAUUGACGCAAUUGUAUGUAAAUAUUUAGAGUAUUGUGUUAUUUUACAAUAAAAUUCUUGUUCAGAUUUUAA